UCAAUUCUCUUUCUAAAUUAUUUUUAUCUACAAAUGCUGAUUUUUGGCCGGGUGUAAAAUCGGUUGCAUACCUUUAUAUAAACAAAAUUAAUUAUUAAUGGAACACAAUUCAAUAUUUAUGACUUAGUUGUCAACAACAAUAACAGUGGAUUAUUAAAAAACACUUAAAAUUAAACAAAUAUUUUCCUGUUAAAAACUAAAGGAACUGGAACCACACUUUCUAGGGAAGUCCCUUAUUACAGACUGUUUUGGUUUUCUAUGCUGUGCUAUCAUAAAAAUUUUAUCGCGAAACUUAUCAUUAAAAUACUUGCUUAGUAAGCGAUGUAGUGUAGCUGAAACCUUUAUAAUCUGUGGCUGAAACGUACAUUUUAUAUUACUAGUUUUCGUUUGAUUGUUUGAUAAAUAUGGAUAGAGAAGUUGAGCACGAAUUGUGCGCAAACUGCAAAAAAGAAAUUCCACAGCACAACUAUGUUAUGCAUACAGCGCAUUGCGCUAGAAACAUCACAUUGUGCAAAUCUUGUAACGAGCCAAUACCAAAAUCAAAAUUCGACGAUCACAAAAAACAAUGCGAAAAAACCAAGGUGAUCAAAAAACCUGCACCUCCACCUACAACGUUGGAGAAGAGUUCGUAUUUCCAAGAAAGGAAGCUUGUAGAAGAUCAAAAAAUCGCCAAUAGAAAGGAAAGAUAUCUUCAGAAGCACGAACGUCUGGUGGACACUGGUUACAGUUUAAACUCACCCACCAGACAAUCUUCCACUGACAAAAACCUCAGGGGAACCCCACCGCCAUCUGCUGCCAUAAAAAAGGAACCUGCGGAAAAAAACAAACCACCUGUACAAAACGGCGCUGUUCCCCGUUUGGUGAACCCCCCUGCCAAAAGCAGCGGCAUGCUGGCAUGCAAAUUUUGCGAUCUAGAGCUGCCAAAGUUGGAUCUGGACGAGCACGAAAACUACUGCGGGUCCAGAACCGAUAAGUGCCUCGAAUGCGGGGAGUUGGUUAUGUUCAAGUACAAACAGGUUCACAUGGAUUCCAACCACGGUUUUCUGAAGUUGAAGGAUGAACCAGGACCUCGUCCCUCAUGGGACUCUACCACUCAAAGAAGCUCAUCCAGCUCUGGUAUUGCUUCCGGUUUGGAGUCUUCUUACACCCCCCGUAGAAGACCUUCGCCUCUCACCUCCUUCAAUUUCGAUUACGACCCCAUGCCCUACAUGCCCCAAAGUUAUUCAGCGCCUGGGGGACCACCGGGCAUCAAAAUCGAGAAGGGAGAGAGUUACAAGGAAAUAUCCAGGCGUUUAGACUGUCCAGCACCUCAACCUCCGAGAAGGAGAAAUCCGCCUACGGAAUUGACAGUACCGUGCGAAUUUUGUCACGUGACAUUUCCACAUGAGGAUCUCGUCGACCACGAAAAUAUUUGCAGAUUGGCCAGGAAAAGUGACGUCACUAUACCAUGCGAGUUUUGUAAUACGUCUAUUUUACAAGAGGAUCUUAUCUUGCACCAAACCGGCUGCCGACCAGAUUUGGCAAGACGAAUGCCAAGAAGGCAUAAGUCCCCAGAAGAAGACGACUACUUCAUAGCUCCACAACCAAGCUCUCCAGAAGUUGAACUACCAUGCGAAUUUUGUGCAGACAUGAUUCCAGCUUCUCAAUUGCUACGCCACCAAGCGACUUGCUCAUAAAUUUUUUUUAGCGAAGUAGAUAACUGAAAAAUCUAUAUUAAUACAUUUUGUCGGUCUAUUAAUACUUGCCUUAUAAUAGUUAUUUAUGAUACUUUUUUACUUGUUUCUGCUUACUGCCUUCGUUAUUGUUAUUUUAAUGCUUAUGAUAUUAUUUCAAUAAUUUUACAUGACAUCUUCAAUAUAUUUUAGCAAUUGUAUUUUAUUUUUUACUUGAAUAAAUACGUUUUAAUACA